ACUCCAGAUGCGGUUCUGCACGUUCAGAGUUUCGGGGAAAAGGAGGCUGCUGCUGCUUUUCACCUGGUUUUCCUUUAAGAGGUUCAGUUCGUGUAGAAAACAAGUGGACUAACAGACACCCUACGGACUCCCCGAUUUCUCUCUGGUUCUCGGGUUGCAGCCAAAAGGCAGAAGAGGAGGCAUCCUCGCUCACCUCAAGUGAAUUUCCAUCGCGAACGCGUUCUCAUGGAGAGAGAGAAAAAGUUUGCGUUUUGAGCUGAAGUUUGUAGCCUGCGACUCAUUAAACGCCGUGUCCGCGACUUUUCCCCUUUUGCUGUUUGAAUUUCUCUUAAGUUUAGCGUCGGUCGCGGGGACUGAGGAGGUUAUAAACAUUCUGCGCGUGUUUCAGGUGGAAUAUUCGCGCCUGUGAAAGUUCAGCGUGGAAGCGCGCGAGCGCGAUUCUUUAGUCCGCGCUUAUUGUCAUGAGAUUGAUGUGAACGUUUGGCUCGCGACGGAACGGUUUACCUCAGUUUUACCACAAUGAAGGACGACUUCACUGAUGAAGAGGAAGUGCAGUCUUUUGGAUACAAAAGGUUUGGUAUUCAGGAAGGAAGUGAAUGCACUAAAUGUAAAAAUGACUGGGCCCUGAGGGUGGCGAUUGCUCUCCUGUACGUACUUUGUGCGCUGCUCACCAUAGCUGUGGCUGUGCUCGGAUACAAAGUGGUCCAAAGAAUGGAUAAUGUAACGGAGGGUAUGGAGAAUUAUGGAGGGAAGAUCAUGGCUGUAGAGACAGAUCUUAAGAAACUUGAUGAUCAAACGGGAGAGAAGUCAGAAAACGCCUCCAGUGAACUUCUGUCAUUCAAGAUGGAAAUUCAGACGUUGCAGAAGCAGCUCAGUGACGUUGCUGUGAAGGCUUCUAACAACAGAGCUGUUCUCGAUGAGCUACGGCUAGCUGGUGAGGACAUGCAGAGUGGACAUCACUCACUGCGAGAUCUGUUGGAGAGCAAUGCCAAUGUCAUUAGCAAAGUAAACCGCACCUUAAACUCAUACAGCAACUUAAUUGACGGACUAAAGACAGACACGGCUCGGCUCCAGAUAGACCUUCAAGUGCAGACGAGCGAACAGGGCCGAAACACGCACAGCAUCAGCACUCUGAACUUCACACAGACCCAGCAGAGGAGCCUCAUCAGCUCCCUCCAGAGGUCAGUGGAGGACACCAGCCAGGCUGUCCAGAAGCUUAAGAACGACUAUCAGAGCCUUCAGCAGGUGGCUAGGCAGACCAAAGCAGAUGCUGACUGGCUGAGGGAGAAGGUCCAAAACCUUCAGGCUUUAGCUGCUAACAAUUCAGUGCUGACUCGGUCUAACAGUGACGCUCUGGAGGAUGUGACCUCUCAGCUGAACUCGCUCUCAGAGCAGGUGCAGAACGCCUCAGGCAUCGCUGACAGCCAUGAGCAGAGCAUCCGUGAGCUCAUGGACCAGCAGCGAGACCAUGACAAUGCCACCUCUUCGAAGUUCGAUGCGCUAGAGGCACGGCUUGACCGCAACGAGGCGGAAAUGGACUCCAUAACAGGGAAUGUAAGCUUCACCACGCAGCUGCUCGGAGUCAUCAGCGUGGAUCUGAAUGGUCUUCGCACCUGCUCUGAGACGGUGGCCCAGCAUUCAGACCUGCUGGUGGGGCUGAACAGCAGUGUGACAGAAACCAGAACCGACAACACAGAGCUCAAAACCCAGCAGGAAGAACUCGCCGCCAGGCUCGACAAAGAGGUCAGCAGCCUCUCCAUAGUCAUGGAGGAAAUGAAACUGGUCGACAGCAAACACUCGCAGCUCAUCACGAAUUUCACAAUCCUUCAGGGUCCUCCUGGUCCAAGAGGUCCUCGCGGAGACAAAGGGUCCCAGGGGCCACCUGGCAAAGCUGGCCAGAAAGGUGAAAACGGUGAAAAAGGAGCACCUGGUGUUGCUGGGCCUAAAGGAGAAAAGGGUCCAGCUGGGCCUCCUGGUGUACCAGGAAUGAAAGGGCCACCUGGAUCAAGAGGAAGCACUGGGCAAAAGGGUUCACGAGGAUCUGGGGGCAGGGCAGGGCCUUCGGGAGAGAAAGGUGACCCUGGUAUACCUGGGCUACCUGGAAGAGAUGGUCAACCAGGUCCUCAAGGGCCACAAGGGCCGCAAGGACUCAGAGGGCCAGCUGGACCAGCUGGGCCUGCAGGACUGGAAGGACCCCGUGGGCCCAUUGGCCCCAUUGGUCCACCUGGACCUCCUGGAUUACCAGGACUUACUGCACCAGUAGUUGUGCCCCCGGUAGAUCCGCAAGGCUUUGUCAACCGCCAGGUAGCACCACCCCCUACAAGUGCUCCAGGGUGCCCACCUCAGUGGAAGAGCUUCAGAGACGAUUGUUACUACUUCUCAUCAGAUAAACUGAACUUCGAUGAAGCGAAUGAAAGAUGCAGCAACAAAAGUUCAACUAUGCUGAUUAUCAAUGAUGAAGACGAGCAGCUCUGGAUAAAGAGGCAGAUUUCUGGAAAGGGCUACUUCUGGCUGGGCCUCACCGACAGCGCUGUUGAAGGCACCUGGAGAUGGGUGGACGGGAGCCUGCCCAGCUAUACGAAAUGGAAGCCUGGACAGCCUGAUAACUGGAGCCACGGUCACGAGGCUGGAGAGGACUGUGCCGGGUUAAUACACGAGGCCAGCUGGAACGACUUUUUCUGCAUAGAACGCAAUCUUUUCAUUUGUGAACGACCGAAUGAAUCCAAAGUUCCAGUUUUAUAGCACCUGUUGUGAGCAAACAGAGAAUAUCGGAUAAGACAAUCGCAGAGACUUCUGUUUUCUGUAUCCUCCCUUAAAGCACGAACGAUUGCUUUGUUCGGAGAGCCACAUGUGUGACGGACACAAAAGUCAUCGACAAUCACGACUGAAGACUGCAAACUAUACAAUACACACUGAUCACCAGUCACGUUAAUGUUUAGAUAAGUGAAAACGCUGUAAUGUAUUGUAAUCGUGUGAUUGUAAAUACCUGUGUCAUUAACAAAGCCGAUGCCACAUUAUUCCAGUGCAAUACAAUGACGCUUUGUAGCUGCUUUUAUUAAAAUGAAGCUUUUAACAGCCCACCGUAAAGCUACACUUAACAUGUUAAUGUUUUAAUAACUAUAAUCCAAAAUUUGUUGACAGAGUUUUGCAUCUUACAUCUUGGACAUCAUUAAUGUGAUUUUAUGAAUAAAGUUUUGAAUUUUAUAAAUAUUUGAUUAUGCAGUAGCUAUGUAUAAAAUAGUUGUGUAUUUGAAUACAUGUACAUUUAUGUAGUUAUCAUCAAAGACCAUGUUUUUAUCUGAAAUAAAAUAUAGUUGGUAUUUUUCAAUAUGCUUUAUGUUGAAGUCCUUUUGAUGACAAUAAUGCAACAUCAACUGUAACUGCUUUACUUAGAAUUACUUGCCAGUAUGUAUUGAU